CCACACUGCAUAAUUUACCACCUCGCUCUGUCUACUAUCCCAAUACUCUGAAUUUCAACUCUUCAACUUGCGCAAUGUUUGAGAAAAAGCCCUCGUUCGGACACGACAACAAGAGCGCGGUGCCUAUGGAGACCUCUGCCGUGGCCGCUGCUGGUCCAUCGGCCCCGCCGCUGAGCCAGAUGCCUCAGGCGAGUGAACUGCCGCCAGCCUACUCAGAAGUCGACCCCAAUGCACCUGCUGGCGCACAGCAGCCGCCGCCAUUUGUGCCUGGCAGCCAGACCGACCUGAAGGUGGACCAAAAGAGCUCAUACGAGAUGGUUGCAACCAAGGGCUUCGAUUUUGAGCGCCCACUGUUUAUACACACCACGGGCGUGGUAAAGACCGACCUUUUGAUCGAGCCCGACCCAAACCCCGACAACCAGGGCACAAUGUUUGUGUCGGCUGAGGUGAGUGCGCUGCAGGGAAAGCUAGAGGAGAGAGCAGAGUUCCAGGUGCAUCUCAAUGAGUACAACGAGUACGACUUCCAUGUCAACGUCGGAUGGACCUUUUGGAACAUGCUCCCGGUCAUGUGUCGCAUCUUUGUGCGUGCGCCGUCGACUAUUGUGCGUGCCCACCCAGGUAUCCGUGCCGACAUCACCAACGGCCGCUUUGAUAUAGCCGCACUCAGCAACAUUGGCUUUACGCGGCUCAACCUGAAGACAACCAACAGCAGCGCAUCAGUAACCAACAUAUCGGGUCGCGACAUCCAGCUCGCCACUACCAACGGCUCCCUCCGGCUUAGCAAUGUCAAAUCGAGCGAGGUUCUGAAUUUGCGCACAACCAACGCCAAGAUCGAGCUGGACCAGGCUGUUGCGCCUGCAAUCACUGUUGCCACUUCCAACCAGGGGGUCAGUCUGAGCGACGUCACCGCUGACAGCCUCAAGGUAGAGACCAAGAACAGCUCGAUAAAGAGCCGCAAUGUGCGCGCCGGGAGCGUCGACAUGAAGACGACAAACUCGUCUAUCACCACGGACGGAAUUCGCGCAGACUCACUUCAUAUCAGCACGACCAAUGCCAGGGUGGAGGGCAUGUGGGUGGUUAAGAGCGCCCUGGAUGUGUACACAACCAACAGCCGGAUCUCCGGCACUAUCCAGCUGGCUGAUGCGAGGGCGCCGGCCCAGAUUCGCUUCUCGACGUCGAACAGCAAGAUUGAGGCAUUUUUGCCUGCUGAGAGCUUCCGCGGCAUAAUCGAUGCCCGGACAAGUAACGACAAGGCCAAUGUGCAGCUGGCCAGCCAAUACGCACAGCCGCCAGAGCUGCAGCAUAUUGUGUCGGACAAGAGCUACAAGCGCGUCAUGGUCGGAAAUGGGCCGCAUGGCUUCUCUGCCAAGACAUCCAACUCGAAGAUCGAUGUGAAAUUGGUCUGAGUAUUUACCCACCAAUAACAGCUAAUCGCCCUAAUAAUGGAAGCAUCCAUCAAGAAGACGUCAUGUCAGCACUGACAUGCGCUGACCGCAUCUUUGCAUUUCUCUGGCAGUCCAGCAUCCUGAGUGCCGAAACAAAAGCCAGUCUGC